GAGCGCCGCGGGAGUUCGGCAGCCCAGGUCUCCAAGGCAACGGCUCAGCUGCCAGUUGCGGGCGCCAGGCGGCCCCCAGGAGGCGCCGAGCGCCGGUUGCCCCGGCACGGCGAGAAGGCGAGUCAGUGAGACUGCAGGAGACACAGAGAGAAACAGAAAGACCAAGAGAGAUUGCUGCCGGCGGCGUGGGUCUCACUACACAUCUUGAAUCCUGCUUUCUUAACUUUACCUUCACUUGUGACGGGACAUCUGGACUUGGAGGAAACUUUGCUGUAAUUUCCACAUUGAUGAGUCAAGAGUGGAAAAUUUGAAGAGAUGCAAGCAGAAAAAAGAAAUUAAGCCAGGCCUGAGAGCAAUGCGACAGGCAUGAUGGAGGUCGAGUCCUCCUACUCGGACUUCAUCUCCUGUGACCGGACAGGCCGUCGGAACGCGGUCCCUGACAUCCAGGGCGACUCGGAGGCCGUGAGCGUGCGGAAGCUGGCCGGAGACAUGGGCGAGCUGGCCCUCGAGGGGGCAGAAGGACAGGCAGAGGCAAGCACCGUGAACAAGGAAGCCAGCAACCAGCCCGAGAGCGGCGGCGGGACCACCUCAGCUUGAGUCUGACUUUGUCCUGGUGGCCGGAAGAGAGACCUGUUGCCCUCUCCCAGGUGGAAAGCCAGGCACGGGCCCAGCAGCCUUUUUUCUGAGCCCAUGUCCCAGGCCAGCGUGAGCGGCCUCUGGGGCCCUAACCUGGGAAGUCCUCUGCGCACACCCACAGGCUCCGCGUUCCCACUACCUUCGCUCCGUGCCCAGGUACACUCAAGACACUGUAAGCACAGGAUGUUAUUUAUUCAGCUGGGCCCUGCCUAGCAGGCGAGCAGCCCACAGGGGACACUCCUCUUGUGAGCCACCUGCGCAGGGACGGUGUCUCAGCACUGUCCCUCCUCUCCAUUCCCAGCCUUCCAGGUCAAGGCUUUCUUAUCCCUUUUUUUAAAAAACACUUUUAAACUUUUUAAAAACAUUAAACCUUUUUUCAGCAGAGAGGGAGGGAGCUGAUAAUCAAUUCAUUUUUCGGUUGUUUUUUUAGGAAAGCCAUUUUAAGCUCAAUUCUGACCAUCUAUGCAGCCCUGAGGUUCCCUCAUGGAGCUUCACAGAUCCAAUUGUAGGCUCAAAACGAACAGAGCGAUUCUUUGCCCUUUCUACCAAGAGAAGUGACUUAGGCCCCAGGAAAUAAAUGCUGAUGAUUUGUGUGA